GGUGAGUGACGGACACAGAUGCGGAGACGCAGAGGCUGAUGUUCCUCCUCCGCUCUGGCCGAACACAAGACUCUUUGUCCUGGAAGAAUUCAGCGUGUGCCCCCGCUCCUCUCACCAAGACACGAUUACACGGGACAGAGCGUAUGUUUGUGUCACAGAUGAAGUUUGUAUCGGUGAAGUUUGAAUCUGGUUUAGUUUCAAACAAAGCCCGUGUUAAAGUGCGCGCGCUGCCCGGUUCUGUCCCGUUCGGGCGUAAACCGAGCCCCCCCGCCCCAGCACAUCUGCCCCGCUCCCCCCGGGGCCGCUCCCCCCGGUCCUGCUCCGGACUCGGGCUGAUCAGGAGAAUCGCUCAGCUGCGGAGGAGGAGAGCCAUGUGACCGGAGACAGGAAGAGACGAGGAGGCUGCAGACGGACCCAGCGUACCGGACCUGAACCACCGCGAACCGGGACUAAACCGGGACUAAGUCUAGAUCAGACCGGGACUAAAGCGGGACUGGAGCCAGAAUGCGGUGCUCGUGCCUCCGGGGCUUGUGCCAGUAUGAAACCACCAAACUGGUCCGGAUCCAGAGCGUGCGCCUCGGGUCUCUGAAGUGGGCUCUGAACGGAACCAUCCUGGUCGUCAUAUGUAUGCUGCUCUUGUGGAAUCGCAGGUAUCAGGAGUUUGAGUUGGUGGUGAGCUCCGUCACGUCCAAAGUGAAGGGCAUGUCUGAGGUGUUUGUGCCCGGGAUCGGCCUAGUGUCCUGGGACACGGUGGACUACAGCCUCCCCUCUCAGGAUAAAAACUCGUUCUUUGUGGCGACCAACCUGAUCGUGACCCGGGGCCAGAGGCAGGGCCGCUGUGCUGAGGUGCCUGCCAGGGGCCGCUCCUGCCGCUCAGAUAAAGACUGUGAGAAAGGAGUCUGGGAGAAGCAGAGCCACGGGGUCCAGACUGGAGCUUGUGUGAAGUUUGACGUCCUGAAGAAAACCUGUGAGAUCUCAGCCUGGUGCCCAGUGGAGACCCAGACCAGUCCUCCCAGACCGGCUCUUGUGGCAGCAGCUGAGAACUUCACUGUCCUCAUCAAGAACAACAUCCGCUUCCCUGCGUUCAACUAUAUUAGGAGGAACAUUCUCCCCUGGAUGAGUGAGUCGUACCUGAGGAGCUGUGAGCGUAAACUGGACCCGCUGUGUCCCAUCUUCAGACUGGGGGACAUGGUGAGGGAGGCGGGCGAGAACUUCCACGAGCUCGCUGUGGAGGGGGGAGUCAUAGCUGUGCAGAUAAAGUGGGACUGUAACCUGGACCCUCUGACCAGCCGCUGUCUGCCCCAGUACAGCUUCAGACGAGUGGACCAGAAAGAGUCCAACAAGACCCUGUCCCCGGGACUCAACUACAGGUUUGCUCGGUACCAUUUGGUGAACGGGUUGGAGGAGAGGACUUUGUACAAAGCGUUUGGGAUCCGCUUCGAUGUGAUGGUUUUCGGUCAGGCCGGGCGCUUCAGCUUCAUUCAGCUUGUGCUCUACAUCGGCUCCACUCUGUCCUACUAUGCCCUGACCACAUUGUUUCUAGAUUGGCUGAUCGACACCAGGUGUUACUCUGCAGAGGUGGGACAGAGGUACUCCGAGAGGAAGGUGGAGGCCGUGCAGGACACACCCAUAGGGGUGCUGUGCGUCUCCUUUGUGGACGUGCCGCUCCUGCGUUUGGUGAAGAGGCCUCAGAAGAAGUGUCUGCAGAACGCCAAACCUGUAUCUGUCCAGAGCCGCAAGGAGGAUCCUGGGCAUUUACAGGCGGUUGUGUCUCUGCUUCAGUGUGACCCUGAGAUCCACCCACUGUCCAACAAACCAUCUGACUCCUCCCCCUCUGCCCCUCUGACCCCUCCCCCUGCGGUGCCUCCUCCUGCUCUGGCCCCUCCCCCCUGGUGUAAGUGCUCGCGCUGCACUCCGUCCUCGUUGCUGGUGGAGGCGUUGUGCUGUCGCGUGGCCCCGGGGCCCUGUAUCUCGACGUCCGGUCUGUUUGAGCGUCUCGUGCUGUGGCGCACUCUGCUGGAGUCAUGUCUGCAGUAUGAGGACCCUCUGGGCGCCCCCUCCAGGAGCGCGAGGGAGCUACGGCACUGUGCUUAUGCCCAGUACAUCCUCUGGAGGUUUGGCCCCACCCCCUCGCACGCCACACCCAUAAUCCCGCGCUGUUGCGUCCAGAUUAUCCGUGAGCGUUACCCCAGCCACGACGGACACUACAGCGGUGUCCGACCAAUCGGGGCACAGCAGGGGCGGGGCGUGAACAAGAGCAGCCAAUGAGGACAGGGCAGAAGAGGAUCCAGGAAGCAGACGCCUGGAUCAGCGCUCAGGAAUUUUUUCAUUAAAUUCGUUAAAACCUGUG